CACUAGACACACACUUUACAGCUAAACUAUAUUCCCAGCUCAAAGUCCACAUUCCGAACCAUGUCAGUAUGUACACAGGAGCUGAAUCAGUAAAGAGAACUAUGCUGCUUUAAAGCCAGUGUAUCUGCAGUCAUAGGUACUGAAUAGUACCGUGAAUUAAUAGUAUCGCCCUCCUCAUAACUGAGUCCAUGGGCGCUGCACUCAGUCUAAAGUAAGAAACAAAAAUAUGUACCUAUGACUAUGGAAAUUGGAGAUUGAACGGCUCUGUAGUGACUCUAACUCCACUCACUAGGGCCACUUAGGAUAAACGAAGUCUUUAAGAUUCUUGGAGAAGAGCGCACAACAGUGUUUUCUGGAUUUCAAGGGUGAGGCACGAGUUCAGCUGAAGUUAUUGUUUUCAGAAGCCAAGUAGAAUCGCACGCUGUAAAAAACAAUGCCAAGAGCAAAGAAAAGAAAAGAAAAAUCCCCAGGGGCUCCCCCGUCGGUGGUUCCCAUUCUUCAGAAGUUCCUGAAGACAUAUCAGAAGCACUGCGCGCAGUCUCGGACGUCCUUGUGUCCCACCAUCCAAAGGGACCUGAAGAACAGCAUUGACAGAGAGCAGAUCCUCAGGAAGUUUACGCUCGUAAGAGCUGGUGACACAGCGAGCCACCCACCUGUUUCCUUGGAGCCUUUGCUCCUGGCCAUUCGGGAGGAGAGCUACACGCUGGGAAGGGAACUCUGCCUCUGGGGCCUUCAGCUGACCAACCCCGAGAUCGCCAGGCUCGCUUUGUUUCUGGAGUCGAAGGGGCACACCAUUUGCCCAGUUACCACCUUGGAGAUCAUUAACUGCAAGAUGGAUCUGUGGUCCCUGGGGCGACUGGGGAAAGCUUUGCAGUUCAGCAAUUUGUAUUUCCUGGCCCUCGAUUACUGCAAGUUUGGAAAUAAAGAACUUGAGAGUAUCUUCUCAGGCCUGGAAAACAACCAAAGGCUCCAGGGCCUCAGUCUGCGCUACUGUGGCCUUGGGCCUCCAAGUGGGCUGAGGCUGGGCUCUGUCAUCAGCCAGAGUGCCGUUUGCAAGCUGCACCUGGAUGGAAAUGAUCUGCAGUGUUCUGGGACGCUGGCCCUCCUCAGACCCUUAGCAGAAUAUGCAGAGUUGCAGGGGAAGGACCGGCCCGCCACGGCAUCACCUCACACUGGAAAUCUCCCUCUGCUUCCCCAAGUGUGUGGAGGUGGAAGCUCAACUUUGAGCCAGAUUGCGAAAUCUUCCGAAGCUGCAACAGUGAAAAGGACCUCCCGGAGGAAAAGAGGGGAAAGAGGAAUCAGGAAAAAAGUUAAAGGCCUGAUGGAAGCUGGCCCUUGGGUGGUGGCGUUGCAUUUGGCAGACAACAGCAUCGACAGAACAGGAGUGGAGGGAGAGCAAUUGCUGGAACUCACUCAAACUUUAACACGCCUGAUCGAAUACUCUCCUCACUUAAGAGAACUCGACCUUGGAAACAAUGUCUUGGAAGAAACAGCUGCAGUGGGCAUCCUGGGAGCCCUGAGAGCCAGGAAGAUAGGUAAACUACCACCCUUAAAAAUUACAGUCACUCCUCGGAUCUCUUCAGACACCUUCACAUCUAUUUGGAAACAUAGCAAGAAAUCUAAUAGGACCAGUAAAAGGAAGAAAAAGGUAAAAAACUGAAUACAUGACCAUCAAAAUCCUAGAAAAAUUCUUCAAAGACCUUGGAAGAAC